AUGCAUCCAGUGAUUCGAAUCGUUAUCAGAUAUGUGAAGGACAAUAUGAAUGUGUCGGACCAAACGCAAACAAACUCUGAAGAGUUUAUCCGUGGUCUAGAAAUUUUUAAUACAAAUGAUUGUUAUCAUCCAACGUUUAGUUCGGCAAUGAUUCCAGAAAUAGCGGUUAUCGCUUUUUCAAUACCUCCUUUGCUUCCUCCAAAUACUGGAGAUGAAGAAGGCAUGUGA